CAUUCAAACUCAGAGCAGCUUCUCCACUGCCUCCCAGCUGAAUUCACAUCUCCGCUCAUCAUGUCCUACAACUGCUUUUCUGGAAAUAUGUCUUCCCAUUCACUUGGGGGUCAACCUCGUACCUCCUGUGGCUCUUCCUGUCCCAGCAACCUGGUCUACAUCUCAAAGCCCCAAUCUGCCAGCAUCUGCCAGCUGAGCUCGCCUCUCUCCGGUGGCUGCCUGGAGUCCAGCUGUGAGCCUGCCAGCUGUCAGGCAUCCUAUGUGGUGCCCAGCGCCUGUCAAACAUCCUGCUAUCAACCAAGAACCUCCGCACUUUGCCAGGCGACUUACACUGGAUCCCGGGGCUUUGGGUCCAGCAGCUGUUGCUCACAAGGCUUUGGAUCUAGAAGUUCCUGUUCUCUGGGUUGUGGAUCAAGGAGCUUCUACUCCUCUGGCUGUGGAUCCAGUGGCUUCAGACCUCUGAAUUACGGAGUCCAUGGCUGUUCUUCCUUGGGCUAUGGAUCUGGAACCUUCCGUCCAACAUACCUGGCUUCUGGGAGCUGCCAAUCUCCUUGUUACAGACCAACCUAUGCAUCAUCCUACUGUAGGCCAUCUUGCUACUGA